AUGCCGCGGCGGCUGUGGCGGCAGGGCGGAAUAGACGUGGCGGGGGGCGAGGGCGUGUGGGAGGCGGGGCUGCGCGAGCUGGAGGAGGAGACGGGCAUAGCGCCGCGCUCCGUACUGCGCGUGGGCGAGCAUGCGCCCACCCACAUGCGUGAGCAUCCUCGCUUCCACCCCUCUUACCCCUCUAACCCCCUCCCCACUCCCCUUCCUUCCCCACUCCCCCUCCCCCCCUCUCCUCCCCCUUGUUCUCCCCGUCCCUUUCAAUCUCCCGUUUCGCACCCCCACUGUCUACCCCAGAUGGGGGAGUGGCUGUGCUACCGCUACCCCCCGGCAGUCAUUCCGCGCCUUGCCCAGCGGUGGGGGAGGGAGUGGCAGGGGCAGGCGCAGCGAUGGUGA